AUGAUCAGCAUGGCGUCGCCGGCGGAGGCAGACACGCCCGAAGGAGCCCCUAGAGACGAUGGUUCGGGCGAUGGUCAGCCCAACAAAAAGCGCAGGACUGGCCCCAACUCGCGUGGCGUCGCCAACCUCACCCCCGAACAGCUUGCCCGCAAGCGCGCAAAUGACCGCGAAGCUCAACGUGCCAUCCGUGAGCGCACGAAGAACCAGAUCGAUCGCCUCAAUCAGCGCAUCCGGGAUUUGGAGAGCCAGCAGCCGUACCAUGACCUGCAAGUCGUCCUCCGCGAGAAGGAGGCGGUCCAGGCGGAGAACGGAGACAUCAGGAAGAGGCUCGAGAGCGUCCUGAGCAUCAUUCAGCCUAUUGUGCGCGCGACGGGUGGCCUCAAUGAACUGGCAGCUGCUGCCGAGCGAUCGCCCCUUCCUAUCCACCCUCACCAACAGCGCGACGCGCCUGUGCAACCUACCGAACCACGACAGUACCACAUCGCGUCCCACGAGCUAUCCACGGCCUCACCUCAGAACGGCGUACAUUCUCCAAGCGUGACCGAGGGAGGAAGAGCAUGGCUAUACCCCAAUGACGCGCCAAACAGCCACUUGCGCCGCUACUCCAAUGGCAGUCCCGGACCGCAUUUCGACCAGUCGCGAACACCCCAUCUGCAGUCAGAGAUGCCCUUUGAUGAGCGUCUAGGCGUAGACUUCAUACUCGACAACGGGCAAAGGAGGGCUGUCGAUCCAAAUCUUCCCCCUCCACAGCAGCCGCGACCCAGCAACGUCAGUAGUAGCCAACAUGCCAUGUAUGCGCCGAGCAUGGUCGCCCACCUCACGUUACCUCGCAAUCUUCCGGCGACAUGCCCUCUGGAUGUCAUCCUGCUCGACUUUCUGCAAGAUCGUCAGAAUCGCGCUGCCGAGGGCGUACCCAUGAAGACCCUGGUUGGACCACACUACCCCAACUUCACGUCUCUAGCGUAUCCCGAGCGCGCAGUAGAUGCACACCCCCUGUCAAAGCUCUUUACAGACAUUUUGCGCACGUUUCCAGACAUCUGCGGCAGGCCGGAACAGGUUGCGAUAGUAUUCAUCAUGUUCCUGAUCAUGCGUUGGCAGAUCGAACCUACGCAGGAGAACUACGAUCGGCUGCCACACUGGGCUACGCCACGACCUUCUCAGCUGUUCACUGCUCACGCGUUAUGGAUCGAUCAUCUCCCAUGGCCUCGCCUUCGCGACAAACUCGUCGCUGGCCACCCGCCAGUAUCCUUCGAGAACUUCUUCAUACCCUUCACGACUACCAUUUCCCUGAACUGGCCUUAUGAGCCCCGCGACUGUCUCCUUCCUGCUUCGAAAGUCCAUACCUCGGCUCUCUCGACGACCUCCUCCGUCUCGGUCUCAUCGCCUUUCUCCACACAUGUCAACGCCGGCUCGCCGCAAGAUCCUUCCACCCCACAGCCUCCUGCGGCGCAUACCUCCGCCGGUAUCACAUCCAUGGGUCCGCUACCCAAGGAAGACGAUCAGUGGCUUAUCAACCCCGCGUUUGAAACGCACCUCCGCGACCUGAAUAAUUGGACACUGGGCCCAAGCUUCAGAGGCAACUUUCCCGCGUUUGCUGAUUGUGUAAAGAUCAAGGAAGGCAGGUGA